AGAACUUGUUUGGUCGAGGCUGAUAAUCUCACCAUCGAGGUGAUGAGCACACUCGGUACUAGUACUAGGUUGAGGCUGAAAUACCUUGUCGAGGCAGGAGGUGCACAUCUAGCACUAAAUAUAUGGACUUAG